CAGAGUGUGUGUGGGCAUGUGUGGGUGUCAGUGAGAAAGUGUGUGUUUGUGUGCCCAGGUGCCAGAGUAGUGGGCUGAGAGAAGUCAGCUCUAGGACAUUAUAGCUGAAGGAGAGUGGACAGAGCUCUCUGAGGGGGCCCUGACAGCAAUGGAGCAAACGCCUUGAGGGCCCCCCCAGAAAGACAGACAAACGGACGGAAACACUAAAAAGGGGAACGUAUCAUACAAUAAUGGUGUCAGAAGAGGUUAUAAUCACCUUGUCCGGUGGAGCACCAUGGGGCUUUCGUCUCCAGGGGGGCGUGGAGCAUCAGAAACCACUUCAGGUGGCCAAGGUGCGUAAGCGCAGUAAGGCGUGCAGGGCAGGACUGCGGGAGGGUGAUGAGCUGGUGUCCAUCAACGGCCAGCCUUGUGGAGGUCUGUCCCAUGCCCAGGCCAUGACCAUAAUCGACAGCUCCCCAGGAAUACUACACAUCCGGGUCAAGAGGGCGCCGGCAGGCUUCCAGUCCGUGGUGCUGUUGACCCGCGCCCCGUCACCCCGUAUCGACAAAGAGUACCGAGCCACCCUGCGUGCCAUGUCCCCCUCCUCCAGAUCCCACCACACAGCCGCUGUCAGGGAGGUCCCCCAUGGCAGGUGCUCCCUCCUGUCCCCCAUGGUGCGCAGAGGCCUCACCUCGCCCCCAGGCAGCGAGGCCUACUACGGGGAGACAGACAGUGACGCAGACGUGGCGGCCAACGAGAGGCAGAGGAAGCAGAAGCACAGAAGUCCCAGCAACUUACCCGGAAAAGCCUCCGGUAGAGCCUCCCCAGAAGGAGGGGAGACCUCAGAGUUUAGCGGCUAUGACAGUGCUCCAGAUGCCCGGGUCUACCCAGGACUCCAGGGCCACGGGUUACUGGAUGGCAGAGGAGGGGGAGAGGGCCUGCCGGGGGUGGCCCGAAGGGAAGUGAUCUACCAGCCCCCUCCAAGGAUAUGGUCCUCCCAGACCUCCACAGAGACAUCCUCCAUCAUCUCCUCAGUUGAGGACCAGGUCUCAGGGCAGGACAGAGUGGUGGAGGAGGACAGUGGAUUCCAGGAGCCCUCCAACAUGGUCCCACUGGUGUCCCCCGAGAGGGCCAAGGAGGCCAUGCAGCUAAGCUCCCGCAGGCAGCUGGUACCCAUGGUGGGGCCCAUAGACACCCCUCUGGACGAGGAGCUCAGUGUCACCUACAUGGACAAGGCCAAGCAAGCCAAACUGAACCGGGGUGACACGGCUCAAGAUAAAAAGGUGAAGGAGGCCAGAACCAAGUGCCGCUCCAUCGCCUCCCUUCUGACAGACGCCCCCAACCCCCACUCCAAGGGUGUGCUGAUGUUCAAGAAGCGCAGGCAGCGCUCCAAGAAGUACACGCUGACCAGCUUCGGCAGUGUGGACGAAGACAUGCAGCACAAUUCCCAGGAGGAAGAUGGUCUCUUCCCAGGAAGCGAGUCGGAGUUUGAUGAGGAUGGCUUCUCAGCCGCCCCCGACACCACCUGGGACAGUGACUACCUAGAUGCGCUGGAGAAGAGGGCGACCGCAGGGGGGGAGCGAGGGGACGGGGCAGAAGAUGCCCCCAGUCCCGGCCUGAGUGACAUCUCUGGGAAGGGCGCCCAGCUGUUUGAGCAGCAGAGGAAGAGGGCGGCCGAGCACGCCAAGAAGGUGGCUGCCGCCCAACCUCAGACAAGGACCCAAUCACCGAACCAACUACAGAUCCAGGAGCAGCCUCAGCCAUAUACACAGAGCCAGCCCCAGGCAGAAACACAACCACAGAUGUACCAGCCUCAGCAGCCUACAGCACCACCGCCCCCUGUAGCCUUCCAGGAGGAGGCUCGGUCUGUGGCAGAGAGGCCUAUGGCACCGGCCCCAGCUGCUCCUACUGCCUACAGCAUGGCUAAUGGAGACGUAGCCUACUCUGCAGUGAGCAUGGCUAGCAUGGUGAUGUCACCCCUGACUGUGGCACCCAAACCAAUCACCACCCAAGUGUCUAUCUUAACCACUCACAUACCUCCGCCCCAAACACCGCUGCCAGAACUCUCCUCCAGCUCUGUGCUCAACAGAACAGCCCGCCCCUUCAACCCAGGGUUUGUGACCAACCGAGCCGCCACCGCUCCUGUUGUGUUCCGCCCCGUCAUCACCAAAAGGGCCCCGCGUCCGGCGACCUCUGUGUCUAUUGUAGGACCUCCCUUCUCUUCCUCAUCAGAGCUGCCUCCAAGUGGUAAUCCCUCCUUCUCUCCCCCGUCCUCUGUGUCCAGAGGACCCUUCUCCACCUCCUCCUCAGCAUCGGCCAUUCAUCCCCGUCCUGCCUUCUCUGUGGAGAACCUGGCAGAACCACCCAUGUCCUCUGUUCCACAGGCUUCCUUCAUAGCCAUACGUCCACCCCCAGCACAAUUUUCAGGUGGCCCCAUACCCCCACCUCCAGUAUCAUUUGCCAAUGUACCCUCAAUUCCACCUCCAUCACCAUUCUCAGGUGCACCCAUACCCCAGCCUCAAGUUUCUGUUGCCCAGAUGUCCCAAGCUUCUGUCUCAGUUGUUCCACUCCCACCCCCCACAACCCCAACACCUAUACCCAGAUCCCCCAAGUCCAAGGUCCCACCUCCCCCUGGUGGUCGUACCGGCAUCCUCCAGGAGGCUCGUCGGCGCAGCGGUAGGAGGCCCAUGUUCGGAGUCCCUGGUGAGAAGAAGAAUUCUCCCAACCCUGACCUGCUGAACAUGGUGCAGAACCUGGAUGACAGGCCCCGCUACGGAAGCUACUCAGAGAGUAUGAUGGCCUUUGAGUCAGGCGCUGAGGAAGACCAGGGUGCUGAAGCCUGCCGGGGAAGGAUGCCUCCACCGGUGGCCCCCAAACCCCGGGUCAUCCACGAGGCCCCCCAGAUCCCCCAGGAAGAGGGCAAGGGGGCUCAGCUGUUUGCCCGCAGGCAGAGCUGCAUGGACCAGUAUGUGGUAGACACUCCACAGGAGACCGCCUACCAGCAGGAGGUCACCCACCCAGGGGCCGAGCCCCAGGAUGCUCCCAACCCCAAUAUCAUCUCACAGUGGAAGUUAUCCCCCAACAUCCGCGCCCCCCCGCCUAUUGGCUACAACCCUCUGCUGGCCCCCUCCUGUCCUGUGGGGCCACAGAGCGAUACCAGCAGGUUUGACAGGGGGGGCUGGGGAGGCAAAGGAGGGAUCGCCUUUCAGAGGGAGGGAAUCAAAGCUCUGGAUUUCAUGAGAAGGCAGCCUUACCAGCUCAACUCAGCUAUGUUCGGGGGUAGUGUUGCCAACCUGUCGGCGAUGCCCUCCUACCAGGACCAGAGACAGCAGCAGGGAGGGUACACUACUAUGGUGGGCAGCACCAUGACCCCUCCCAGACAGAUCCCAGUCAAGGCGGCCCGUGUGUAUGAGAUCAAGCGCUUCUCCACACCCACGCCCAUGUCAGCCCCGAGCCUGGCCCCCACCGUGAUCGCUCCUCGCUCAGCCACAACACUGGGAGAGCGCCUGACCCGCUCUGACAUGAUCUCCCCAACCCCUGCUCCUCUCUCCUCACCCCCUGCCCCUGUCUUUGCCCCAGCUCCUAUCUCUGCCCCACAUCCCGUCCUUGCUCCUACCUAUUCAGGGGGCCUGCCCGGGCUGCCCAGAAUCAAUGCCACCCUUGUCCCUAACCCCAUCCCCAUCCCCUACCCAGAACCCUAUCCUGGAGUGUCCUGCAGUUGGCUCCAAGGAGCCAAGCAGUUUCAGAGUGCCCCUGAGCUUAGUUUCCUUGCUAACCUCCCCACUCCCCUAAGGGCAAAUGCCAUGCAGGCACCCAAACCCCGCUUCAUCGCCACCAAGGUGGGCGGCCAGCCGUGUGUGUGGAGACCAGAUGCCAUGUGAUCGGGAUUGGGAGACCCUGUCUGUUACUAAGAGAACUGGACACAUCUCAGCCCUAUAAAAAAAUAUCUGCAAAACAUCAAGUAAUAAGGUGGUCAAAUACUGAUCAAUGAGCUUGUUCAGUACCCAACAAAAAUGUUUUUACGAAUGUGUUAAGUGUGUUUGAUUGUAAUGAUUUGAAACCCUCACUAAAUGAAUGGUUGAUUGCUGAAACUCAGAAAUGUGUUUCCAUGCAUUUGAUUAUUUUCAACCCUUUUGUUUGUGCAAUAGAAGUAAUUUGCUAACAACGUCACUAAGAACUAGCCUCGUACGAACCAUCCUGAUCUCGCAAGACCAGGAUGGUUCAUAUGAGGUUAACUAAGUACUAUAAUAAACUUUAAAUCAUAGUCAUCCAUGUGAUUGCAGUCAUAGCUUGCUUGUCACACAUGCUGUUGCUGAAAUGCAUUUGUCUGGUUUGUCUGUUAAAUCAUUGUCUAUCAGGACAUUUGAUGGAAUUUGGUCCAGUCAUGUUACACAUACACAGUAAGUAGUAUACACACUGUCCUGGAGGAGGUUUGUGUAAGGCUUAUCUUUCUACACAGUCAGCUAAAUACUGUUUAAAUAGCCAUGGGAGUGAGAGAGCCUGUACUGAAUGAUUAUUUGAAACUUGAAAUGUUGACAUGUAGGAUUUCUUUAAAAAAUUGCAACAGGAGGAUCGCUGAGGCCCUGUGUCUUCCCUCUCUCUGACGAGCGGACAGAGGAGGGAGAGGUGAGGCUAACACAGGGGGGUCAGAGGUCCACUGAUUCAAUGUGAGCACCAUCAGAUGAGUGCCAAGCACCAUGAUGCUUCACUCAGAGGAAACCACUGACAUGACUCUCUUAUGACAUCUGGACUCUCCAACAGAGGUCAUUGCUCAGUUUUCAUUGGACAAUGGCUAGGUCUAAUAUUUAAUGGAUCUAGGGCUGGGGCUCCCUUCCAGUCUGCUGAAACCCACCUGGGAAGAUGAGAGGAGGGAGAAGUUAUGUUAGACCUCUCUACAUCCUGAGUGUUUGUGUUGGUGGUCAGAUCCCUGGCUCCCAGUGGUCAGUGAGAAAUGCUAUCUGUUUUGGCGGGCUCGUAGUCAACAGGUGUCUUGCGAUCCUGUCACUGCCUAUUUGCAGAGCUGAUCAGACAGCAAACCGAACUGGAUGAACACAUCAACCUAGCCCUUCCCAGACUAGUGUGCCCUUUCUGGAUGUCUGGUGUCCAUGUCACCGCUCACGUUGUAUUAAAACAAAUGACACUAAUGAUGGAUGUGUAUUUUUUAUUUAUUGUGACUGAAGUGUUAAAAACAUGAGAGGGGCUGUGGAUAUGGAAGCAGCAGGGACAUUUUGUCCCUGCCAAAUUAUUUAAAGGGGUGUCGGUUAUAAACCCAGAGUCAAGGUUCUCACUGGCAUUUAGAGGAGGGGAGAUAUGUCAAAGUGUGCCAUGAGAGAGAAACUUUGGAUAUUUGUCAAGGACUUCCCACAGCCUUUAGAAAUGAGAAGAAAGUGACUAGGAAAGCCUGGGUUCUGAGGCCUAGUGAGGGAGGAGGGUAGAGCGAGAAGAGGGACAACACCAUUGGUGCCUCUGAGACAUGGAGGUGAUCAGGUAGUGUAUAAAAUGGGAGAGAUGACAGAGAAUGAACCCAAUCAUGAAUGGGACCAUAACCGUUCAUAUUCUUCUAACCCUGAAAACAGCUGAUGAUAAUUAACUGCAAACAUAUACAGGCUUUUGGAUAUGGAUAUGACCCCCAUUCACUGACAGGGUUCAUGACUCUCACCUUUCUGAUGGUGGUAAAUGGUUGUUAUUUUUUGUUGUUUUUCUAAUUUACAAAUCUAAUUUAACCUAACUUAGGCUAUCUGUUGUGUUUAUGUUAUUAAAGGUUUUAAUGUAUGUGAUAUAUUGUGCAUAUGUGUAAAAAUACAAUAAUUGACUUAGAAUUUGAGUGUGAAAAUGUCUGUUAAUGAAGCCGCAAUAAAGGAGGGCAGAAAGAGCUUUUCACUGACUGAGAUAUGUGCCAUUUUUAGAGGAAUAAAACUGAAACAUUUC